AUGGACAAUCCGACGGAUAGCGAUAAUAAGUCGCCCUUGUCUUUCAGUCGCACCAGCAGCAAUACCAUUGCCAGCACCAACAUAGAGACAUCGCAGGAACCGGACAUGCUAUCUCAUCCUAAAGCUGCAGAUAUCAUCAAAGCAUGCGAAUGGAGAGACAUUGGCCGUCUCCGGUCGCUAGCUGAAGCUCAUGGUGGAUUCCUGUCGGAUGCAUUGCGAAGACAAGCAUGGCCCAUCUUACUAGGUCUUGAUGCUCCCUCUGACGAAAAGGAUGACCCUGAUCUUGCAUUGCCUCAAGAAGAAUCCAACGCAUGGAAGCAAUUACCCCGCCAUAGAGAUGAGGAUCAGGUCCAGCUCGAUGUCAAUCGCUCGUUCAUCUAUUACCCAGCCAGUAUUUCUCAAUCCCUACUUGCUCCCCAAGACAUGGCGAGAGCUAAUGCAGUGCCAGACCAAUCCGACGCAGAGCUGAGUCUCCGCAAGUCAGAACUCUCAUCCCUCAUCACCGAGGUCCUACGUCGUUACCCUUAUCUGUGCUACUUCCAGGGCUACCACGACAUCUCUCAGGUUCUACUGCUGGUGCUGGCACCAACAUGGAGAGCUCGUGUUCUCGCGCGCCUAUCCGUCCUGAGGAUACGGGACUUUAUGUUGCCCAAUUUUGGGCCAACUACCGCUCAACUCCGUCUUCUGCCGGACAUUAUUCAUGCUGCUGAUCCCAAGCUCCGACGGCAUCUUGCAGGUGUUGAGCCCUUCUAUGCAUUAGCGGGAACCCUGACCAUGUAUGCCCACAACAUCGAGACCUAUCAAGACAUCGCCAGAUUGUUCGACGUCUUCCUAGCCCGGGAGCCUGUAUUUACAGUCUACGUGUUUGCGCAGAUCAUUCUUGACCGUCGAAAUGAGAUCUUCGAGAUAGACGAGCCUGAUAUGCUGCAUGUCAUUUUGGGCAAAGUCCCAACAAAAAUGGAUCUGGACGAGCUUAUUAUAAAAUCAGCCGCCCUCUUUGGGCAGCAUCCUCCUGAGACUCUUAGCUACUGGCGACACAUCUCUAAUUUUAGUGCUCUAAAGACGGCCCGGGAUAUCGAAACCUGUGCGAAACAGACCAUGGAAGAGGGCUCAGAACUUUUCGAGAAGCAGGUCAAAGAACUUCAUUGGCAAGAAAUGUGGGAUCACAUCAAGUUGGUCCUCUGGCGUUACCGCCGCCCAGCCAAGACCGUUGGUAUGGCUCUUGUUGUGGGAGCCCUGGCUUUCUACCUUCGCCGCAAUCCAAUACUCGUCCAUCGCAUUGCCUCAUUCUUCUCUCCAUAG